AGACGUGUGCGCUCGAAAGAGACUAGAGGCGCGCGCGCGCGAGAGAGAGAGAGAGAGAGAGAGAGAGAGGGAGAGAGGGGAGAGAGAUGGCGGCGAGGAGAGCGGAGGAGGAGUACGAUUACUUGUUCAAGGUGGUAUUGAUCGGCGAUUCCGGGGUGGGGAAGUCCAACCUUCUCUCCCGAUUCACGCGCAACGAGUUCUGCCUUGAGUCCAAGUCCACCAUCGGCGUCGAAUUCGCCACCCGCACCCUCCAAGUGGAGGGCAGGAUAAUAAAAGCACAAAUAUGGGACACAGCAGGCCAGGAGCGAUACAGGGCAAUAACCAGUGCCUAUUACCGUGGAGCCCUUGGUGCCCUCUUAGUCUAUGACAUGACGAAGCCCACAACAUUUGAGAAUGUCAGUCGGUGGCUCAAGGAGCUUCGCGACCAUGCUGACUCCAACAUUGUGAUCAUGCUCAUUGGUAACAAAAGUGACCUCAGUCACCUCCGUGCGGUCGCCACUGAAGAUGCGCAGAGCUUUGCUGAAAGGGAGGGGCUAUCCUUCAUUGAGACAUCUGCCCUUGAGGCUAUAAAUGUGGAGAAGGCCUUCCAAUUGAUUCUUGCUGAGAUUUAUCGAAGCAUCAGCAAGAAAAACAUCUCUUCAGACGAGCCUGGGCAAGGACCUACUGGAGGCAUCAAAGAAGGGAAGACCAUCGCAGUCUCGGCAUCAGAGACCAACAGUACCAGGAAAUGCUGCUCAACAUAGCAUGGUGAUUAGCGCCACCCAUUCUUAUGCGUUUAUGGGAUGUAAAUUUUGGGAUUUAAGCUUCUGGACUGUGUUUGUUGUGCUUCAUUGGGGUCAGGUGCUUGCUUGAGGCUGCCUUCUUUUGUUUUUGUUGGAUCUCACUGUACUUUGCUUUCAGUAUUCUGUUCUAUUCCUUAGAAGCAUUGAUGGAUAAAGAUUCUUCCCUGAAAGCGGUAAAAUGUGAAAGGUUUACUAUGAGAUUGUUUUACAUGGUACUGUUUGAUAUCAAGGAAACGCUCGCUACUUAGAGCACAUUAUACCGAUU